CCCGCCGGCCGGUGCUAGUUGGUCCUGCGGCGUGAUUCCAAUCGGAGGUGAUGCUGCUCAGGUUGUGUUUGGUCGCCGCCCUGGUGGCGGUGGCUGCCAGUCAGUCCAGGCUCCGCCCGAGACAGCAGCAGAGGGUCCAGUUCCCGCAAACCUCGACGGACCGGUUCGGUCGGCGCACUACCACCACCACCACAACCAGCACCACAACCACCCCGGCUACCAAGACCAGUGAGGGCACCCUGCUGGUGCCCCCCAUCCCGGAGAAAUGCGCUACGCGUCCCAAGCACUGGAAGCUGGGGAGAAACUGGUACUUCUAUUCGGCCGAUGAGGCCGAGUUCCAGGAGACCGACCCGGAGUCGGGCGAGCUGGUCGGCAAGCGGUACGACUGGCUGGAUGCCAGGAACCUCUGCCGGCGCUACUGUAUGGACAGCAUCAACAUCGAGAGCGAAGCCGAGUGGGAGAUGGUGAAGGGCAACGUCACCGACCGUGAGCACAGCUUCAGCGCGACGCCGUUGUCAGCGGAAGUCAUUGUGAUGCGGCUUUCGGUUGUCGUGGAGAAAAUACGAUAAGUUAAAAGGCUGUAA